AUGGGAAUUGGAAACUCAAAGACUAGCUGGAACAGGGGGGCGGCAGCGAACACUCCCAUUGGGCCAGCACCCAGCACGUCUGGAUCGACUGCGCCCUCGAAGUCCAUCCACAACCAUCUCCGUCGGUAUCGCGUCAUGGACGAAGCGACUGGUGCAGGUGGACAAUGCUCUGUCCCGGUGAGGAAGGACGCAGCUACACCGCGUGAGGCUUUCUAG